AUGUCCUCAGAAAAACAGCCAGUCUUCGUCUUGGUCCCCGGUGCCUCUCAGAACCCAGCACAAUAUGGCUACUUACUCCACCUUAUCCAAUCGGCCGGCUAUGGAGCGAGUACAGGCUUGCUCCCCAGUAUCGGUGCCCGAGAACAAGUGACCGCCGCCGAUGAUGCUGAGUAUAUUCGCGAAAGGCUUAUUUUGCCCGUGCUGGAUGUCGGAAACCAUGAUGUGAUCUUGAUCAGUCAUUCAUACAGCGGGAUGCCCGCAAGCGCGGCAGCCCGGGGCCUUGGUCCCGCCGACCGGGCCGCCGAGGGCAAAACCACCUCAGUUUUGGGCCAGAUCUUCAUUGCAACUCUUUUGCCCCGAGGUGGAGACAAUUUGAGCGUUAUCGAUGGAUUUGGCGGCAAUUUACCUCCACACAUGUACAAAGAUAACGAGAAGGUAACCAGCCCGACACCACCACAGGAAAAAGAAAACCUUCUUAAAUGCGACGAACCCAAGCCUCCUCUCUUCUACGACGUUGAACCUCUCCUCGCCGAAGGCGCCACCCAAGGCUCCCUCAGCCAGGGACUCACUUCCUUCUCAAGUCCCUGCCCCGAGGCUAGCUGGUACACGGAUGCCUUCAAGAACCGCGUCGCUUACAUUUACACCGUCAAUGACCACGCUGUUCCAUACGAGGCGCAGAAGAUGAUGGUUGGGGCUACUGGGGUAGAGUUCAUCACCCGCGAGAUCGCCAGUGGUCAUAGCGCGCAGCUAUCGAAACCCGAGGAGCUGACCAAGAUCAUUCUGGAGUUGGCUGCGCAGUGGUAG